AGAAAUCUAUUUUGUUUUCUAUAUACACGGAUCACGCGGAGAAGGAGUCCCCUCCCAAACUGCCUGCUCUGCGCAUGCGCGUAUCUGGGAGCUUGGGCGCGCCGAGAAAAUUUUUCCGGGUAGCAUCUGUCUACUUGCUGCUACUGCUCAAACGGCAAACAGCCACGUUUCUAGUAACCAGAAGCGGGAGAAGACACUGCUCAUACGCGAAUACAGCUCUGCGCAUGCGCACGAGCCCGCUGGCAACUGCUCAAACGAACCUUUGCAGAAUUUCCUGAGAUACUCAUAAUCAAGUAUACCUAUUACCUACCUUAGUGUUGUUAAGGGGAAACGUUUACUUGCCUGUGAAAGAGAAAAAGUUUGUGAUAUGUGUGUAAGUAUUUUUCAGUGUGUAACUUAGUUUAAUGCAAAAAUUUGACAUUUGUAAAGUGCGAAGAGUGAGCGUGAAUAGCUAUAUAGGAAAGCUUUGACUGUCGUUCGAAUCAACAGGCUUGUAAGAACAUGCUGCUAGGGAAGACAUGGAGCCAAAAGUUAAGCGACUAAAACCGCAUAUGGCAUCUCAGUUCUCAGCUGGGCCGCCUCUGCAAGCCAGUGCAAUGAACGCUGCCCAGAGGUCGUCAUUUGUUGCUGGUCAACCAAUCACAAUCCACACAGCUUCACAAGGCAUGUAUCCAUAUGCGCAUUGGGCCAAUGCUGCUACAGGUUCACCUCUUGUGCAGUGGGCAAAUGCUGCUACUGGCACCCCUGUGAUUCAGCGUGCUCGUGCUGCUUCUGGGCCAACAGUCAGACAUCGACCGGAUGCUGCGACGGCUGCUGGUCCACCUCUAAUACGCCGAAACACCACUGUACAAUCCAGAGUAUGCCAGAGUGUUACGAACAGGUCUGGCACAUCCAACUGCUUGCCGCCACUGUCUCAGACUUCUAGUGCAGCUGGACUGCCCCUCAUAAAGUGCACUGCUGCAGGUUCACCUGUUGUGCAGCAAGCAACCAACUGCCUAGCCCAAAAAGGUACCUCUGCAGUCCCUGCCAACAGGUCAGCACUACAUGUCACACUCUCUACUUUUGGCUCAUCUGUUCAGGUUGCCACUAUGUCAUCUGACGGUUCUGCGCUGACUGCUGCUUCAGUUUCUUCUGACGGUUCUAUGAUGCGCGCCACUUCAAUUGUGUCUGAUGGGUCAUCACUGCAUGCCACAGCCAUUAUAUCAAAUGGAUUGUCAUUGCAUGCCACAGCUGUCAGUACUGACAAGUCCUCUUUACAUGCAACAGCGAUCAGCUCUGAUAGGUCCUCUUUGCACACUACAGCUGUUAGGUGUGAAGGAUCAUCUCUGCAUGCCACAGCUAUCAAGGCUGCAGGUUCAACUCUUUCCGCUGCAGCAGUUACCUCUGAUGGUACAUUUCCAAGCACUGCUGUCGCUACCUCCAGUGAGUUAGCCAGUUGUCCAAAGCCAAUAAAUUCAGGCAGGAGGUCUUCAGAAGCAGAAGUUGAAGAUUGCGAAGGGCCAUCCUCAAAUUCUGUCUCCAUUAAUCGUCAGGGCUCACCUCAGCAGGACUCUUACACUAGCUGCAGCAAAUCAUCUCUGCAUCCUGGAGUCACCAGUUCCAGUACUAACAAUUAACUGUGUACAUUUUAUUAGCAAAAACUUGUGGAUAAUUGAGUGUUGAGUCAGUAUUAUUGAGUGUCCAAUGCAGUUGAUAGUUCUAUCAACAUUUUAAGGUAUAUUUAUGAAAAGUAGUGAAGUGACUUUCCUGUUAAAAUAUUACUGGUAUAUGGAGAAACUUGGUCUGUUUUUUUCAUCAAAUGUAAUGCAGGCCAUUUCAAAUCAAUGCACAGUGUGUUGGCCUGCAGUUCAGACAUUAGCAAUAUAUAGUCAACAUUUAUGUACAAUAGGGGCAAAAGUUAAAAUGGAUACCCAUUUAUGAAGCAGAUGAUUGAAUGUUAAACUCUUCACUUACUUACAUAUGUUCUUGCUGUAUUUAAAAUAGCUACUUAAUAAAACAUUUACUCUGCAAUGGAGUGUCUGCUGAUAUAAACUUUCCCAACAAAUUUGAACUGUUUGGGGCUGGACUCAAAAGUCGGGUGCUCAUUUCUAAUAUACGAGGAACAUUCUUCCAGGGGCACAGGGCAUUUUUUUGUGAAAGGUCUCUGGUAGAUGUUUUACAGAGGCAUAUAUUGAAGACUCUCCAACCCUCUAAAUCAGCACACAUUUAGUAUCGUAAAUACAAUGACAUGAUUUUUAAGUUCAGGGGGAAAAAUAAUUCUGUUGAACAUCUUGUGUUCUGCAUGUAAAUAUUUUUCAAGAAAUCUGAAAAAUAGUUAUGGAAAAUUGAAGACAACGUUAUUGAAAGGAUUGUUAAUGGCCUGCUUACUGUGUAUGAGACUAAUAACCUUUUUUAAUUUGGCACAUGCUGAACUUGUGUUAGAGGGAAAAUAUAGACUGCAAAUUCCUUGUUCCGUAACCGAGUUACAGUAAACAACACUUUGUUUAUGCUCCUAAUAUGCUACAAAAUGACUCUUAAUUUUGAUGAGUGGUGUUCUUUUCUCAUUCAGUAUUACAUUUUCCAUUGUUGUUGUUGUUGUGUUGUUGUUGUUGUUGUUGUUGUUGUUGUUGUUGUCGUUGUCGUUGUUGUUGUUGUCUUCAGUCCUGAGACUGGUUUGAUGCAGCUCUCCAUGCUACUCUAGCCUGUGCAAGCUUCUUCAUCUCCCAGUACUUAGUGCAACCUACAUCCUUCUGAAUCUGCUUAGUGUAUUCAUCUCUUGGUCUCCCUCUACGAUUUUUACCCUCCAUGCUGCCCUCCAAUGCUAAAUUUGUGAUCCCUUGAUGCCUCAGAACAUGUCCUACCGAUCGGUCCCUUCUUCUUGUCAAGUUGUGCCACAAACUCCUCUUCUCCCCAAUUCUAUUCAAUACCUCCUCAUUAGUUAUGUGAUCUACCCAUCUAAUCUUCAGCAUUCUUCCGUAGCACCACAUUUCGAAAUCUUCUAUUCUCUUCUUGUCCAAACUAUUUAUUGUCCAUGUUUGACUUCCAUACAUGGCUACACUCCAUACAAAUACUUCCAGAAACGACUUCAUGACACUUAAAUCUAUACUCUGUUAACAAAUUUCUCUUCUUUAGGAACUCUUUCCUUGCCAUUGCCAUUCUACAUUUUAUAUCCUCUCUACUUCGACCAACAUCAGUUAUUUUGCUCUCCAAAUAGCAAAACUCCUUUACUACUUUGUGUCUCAUUUCCUAAUCUAAUUCCCUCAGCAUCACCCGACUUAAUUCGACUACAUUCCGUUAUCCUCGUUUUGCUUUUGUUGAUGUCCAUCUUAUAUCCUCCUUUCAAGACACUGUCCAUUCCUUUCAACUGCUCUUCCAAUUCCUUUGCUGUCUCUGACAGAAUUACAUUUUCCAUUAUAAUAUGAAUAUAAUUUCAUCAGUCCAUGAAUGUAGUCAUUAUAUUGUUUUUUAUUGAGUGUCUACAUGGAAUAACUAGUUAGAAAACCUAAAAAAAAAGUCUUUGAUGUAAAUUUUUACUGAGAUCUACACAUUGUAGCAUCAGUGUUAGUACAUGACAAUGUGUCAAUAUGAUAGUACCUACCAUAAUUGUGUGUUGAAACUGAAACAGCAAUGUGUGUUCUAUUUACUGACUGUAUGCUGGAUGUCAUUAUUUGAAGUCACAGUGAAACUGGAGAAAUGAGAGGGAGCACAAUGUGUUUUGAUGCAGUUGUUCUCACCUGCUAUUGUUACUAUAACUAUUCCUUCUUGUUCCUGUGAAAGACAAAAUUAUGUCUCCUUUUUGACUGCAUUGUAUUAAUCAUUUACAUAAUGUAAAUAAUUUAUUAAGGUGUUUAUGUUGUAUGUGGUCUAGAGAAAUAAAAUUAGUUUCAUCAUA